AUGUCGGCAGUGACAAUGCCAAAAUCGGAUUUUACAGUUUCAUCUCUACUCAACUCUUCCACUAGCAAUACGAACACCAGCAGCACUAAUCAUAAUACAAAUAUUGCUGCCAAUGUUACAGCGAAUUACCUCAAUUUCUUAAAUAAAUUUCGACCAAUGGGUUUUUCUACACCAUUAUCAACAUCCAGAAGUCUUCUUCCUCCUCAUCCGCCUCCGGUACCAGCAUCCGAAACAAUGCAUCGCACCCAAGAUGAUGGCGUUCACGAUGAUCCCAAAGUGGAACUUGAAGGCAAAGACUUAUGGGAUCAAUUUCAUCAACAUGGCACGGAAAUGGUAAUCACAAAAAGUGGAAGACGCAUGUUCCCACCUUAUAAAGUUAAAACAUCAGGUCUUGAUAAGCGAGCAAAAUAUAUUCUCUUAAUGGAUAUUGUGGCUGCUGAUGAUUGCCGUUAUAAAUUUCAUAAUUCACGCUGGAUGAUAGCUGGAAAAGCUGAUCCUGAAAUGCCGAAACGAAUGUAUAUUCAUCCUGAUUCACCUGCGACGGGUGAACAAUGGAUGUCAAAAAUAGUCUCGUUCCAUAAACUCAAAUUGACCAAUAAUAUUUCGGAUAAACACGGCUUCACAAUCUUAAAUUCAAUGCAUAAAUAUCAACCGCGUUUUCAUAUCGCUCGUACUGAUUCAAUCGUUGAUUUAGGUUGGUGUCCAUUUCGCACAUUUAUAUUCAAAGAAACCGAAUUCAUCGCUGUAACAGCCUAUCAAAAUGAAAAAAUAACACAACUUAAAAUCGAUCAUAAUCCGUUUGCUAAAGGUUUCCGAGACAAUGGGCAAGGUAAACGCGAAAAGAAACGAAUUAUGCUGAAUGAUCAUCAUCACCAUCAUCCUCAUCAUCCAAUGCAUCAUGCCCAUCAUGAUGAUUCGGACGAUAGUGAUGUAUGCGUUGAUGAGUCGUCGACAACAACGUCAAUGACAGCUAAUACUAACACAAAUAAUAUCUCGACAAAAUCCGACGAAACUCCAUUGCAUAGUUUAUUAUUUGCUGCUGCCGCUGCUCAAGCACAAGCUCAUCAUCCAUUACGGCAUCAUCCGUAUGCUCAUGCACAUCAAUCUUACUUUCAGUAUCGAAAUUAUUUGUAUGAGCAACAACAGCAGCAUCAGCAACAACAACAACAGGCAGCCGCAACAGCAUUUCGAUUGGCCAAUCACAAGCGAGAUCGUGAGCAAGUCGACGAUGAUGACGAGGAUCAAGACGAAGACAAUCAUACCGAUGCUGAUUCAAACAAAAGAGUUAAACGUGAGCGAUCGAACAGUGCAGGUGCAACAAGUACGAGUAGCAGUUCCGACGAAGUCACGGCAACGUCAACAAACAAGACCUCGAAAUCGUCUGCAAGCGCAAUAGCACCACCGGCACCGCCGCCAUCACUCAUCUCAACAACUCCCAGUACAAACAACGAUGAAAUUCUCAAACCAGAUCCCCUAGCAAUGUUCAAUUCAAGCAUAAAUCCUCAACAACUCUAUUGGUUUUUACAAGGUAAUCAUAACACACUUCCGACUUUACCAACAAACUUAACAGCCAACGAUUGGUACGAAACAUUACUUUCACAACGUCGAUCAGUUCUUCCACUACCACAAAUGAUGCAGCAGCAUCCAUUUUCAAAAUUAUUUGCACGUACGUUACCGCCAUUAUUACCAAUACCUCGCAUAAAUUCAUCACCCUCCUCGACAAUUAAUUACUUAGAUCGAACUUGUCUUACUAAAAUAAAAGAAUACAGUAUUGACGAGUGUUUGAAUCAACGAUCGCUAUUAGUCAAGCCAAAACUACUAUGCGAGCUUAAGGAAGUCGAAAAUGUUGAUUGGCCGUCUAUUAUCCAUUCUAAAAGACGUUUUAUUAAUUGCGAAAAUUCUGUUGUUUUUACUUAUGAGAAAUUGAAUCUAACAUCAUUGUUAAUCAAAAUCGUUCUGAUGGCGUCGAAUACUGUUGCUUAUCCAACGGAACAACCACGAGAACUUUGCCGAUAUUUUUUGUCCAAUGUAUGUCGUUACGGUGACAAAUGCAUGUAUUCACACGAUCGAUCAAUUGGUCAAGUUAAUAAUGUUUGCCGGUACUAUCUACAAGGAAAAUGUAGUUAUGGUGACAGAUGCAGAUACGAUCACGUUCGACCAAAGCCACAAACAUCUAACAUAUUUCAACCUGUUUCAUAUAAUACCAAUCUUCCAUUAACACAAAAUUUUGUUUAUACCAAAUCUCAUCCUGUCGAUGUACCCAUGAGCUAUGCAAGUGUUUGUCGUGGUAACGACGACAUGAACUAUCCGUCCAGUCAUAACAAUCCAGAAUUUUCUCCCUCACAACCAACUUGCUUUCUACAAGCAUUAUGUCCAUAUGCCGAAAAAGAAGGUGUUUGUGAAGCUUUAGAAACAGGACGUUAUUGUCCGUAUGUUCAUGGCGAUCUUUGCGAUCUCUGUGAGAUGCCGGCAUUACAUCCGACGAAUGAAAAACAGCGAGAACAGCAUCGAUUCGAAUGUCUAAGAAAACAUGAAGCUGAAUGUGAAGAAGCCUUUGCUACUCAACGUAGUCAAGAUAAAAAAUGUGGUGUUUGCCUAGAAACAGUGUGGGAUAGAGAUGGUGACAAACGUUUUGGUAUAUUAGAAAAUUGUGAUCAUAUUUUCUGCUUGGAAUGUAUCCGAAAAUGGCGUGCCUCAUCAAAUUACGAACAUAAAGUUGUUAAAGCUUGUCCAGAAUGUCGAGUCAAAUCGGAUUUCGUCACACCAACGAAAUAUUGGCCGGAAAAUGAACAAUCAAAACAAGAGUUAAUUAAAUCCUACAAAGAAAAUCUUCAACAAAUUCACUGUAAAUUUUUCAAACGUGGCGACGGUUUAUGUCCAUUUGGUUCGAAAUGUUUCUAUCUACAUGUUGAUAAACAUGGACAACCUGUUCAACUCGGUCCGCCACGUCGGCGGCAACGCAUCAACGCGCGUGGAGAACUGGAGAAUUUCUCAGACGUUCUCAUGGUAUCAGUCUUUUCCAAUGAAGAUUUCGGUCGAUUCUUUGAUGAGUAUGAUUUUCUCUUCGACGACGACGACGAUGAAGACAUAUCUCAUGGUUCUGAUUUGACCGAUGAGGAUGAUUUUCGUUUUGCUGACGAACAUAAUCUAACCGACAAUGAUGACGACGACGACGAUAAUACUUCUUCAAGAUGGCAUUGA